UCCUUUGCUUUCAAGACGUUGGACUUGGAGCAGAACCCAGAGAGGUCCGCGCAGAGCAAUGGGCAGCCAUGUUUCUCGGGAAGAUUUUGAGUGGGUCUACACGGAUGAGCCACAUGCGCAGAGGAGACGGGAGAUCCUGGCAAAGUAUCCAGAGAUAAAAUCCUUGAUGAAACCCGACCCUAACCUGAUCUGGAUCAUAACCAUGAUGCUUCUUGUCCAGUUGGCUUCAUUUUACUUAGUCAAAGACUUACAGUGGAAAUGGGUCAUAUUUUGGGCCUUUGUCUUUGGCAGCUCCAUUAACCACUCAGUGACUCUGGCUAUCCAUGAGAUUUCCCACAAUUUCCCCUUUGGCCACCACAGGGCUCUGUGGAACCGCUGGUUUGGAAUAUUUACUAAUCUCCCUUUUGGGGUUCCAUAUUCAAUUUCCUAUAAAAUGUAUCACAUAGAUCACCAUCGAUACCUUGGAGCUGCUGGCAUUGAUGUGGAUGCUCCUUCUGACUUUGAGGGCUGGUUCUUCUGCACCACUUUCAGGAAGCUUAUAUGGGUUGUUUUUCAGCCUUUGUUUCUUUUUCUUAGACCUUACUUCGUCAACCCCAAACCAGUUACUUAUCUGGAAACUAUCAAUAUUGUGACCCAGAUCAUUUUUAACAUUAUAGUUUACUAUGUUUUUGGAAUUAAAUCUUUAGUCUACAUGUUGGCCUCCCUACUUGGCCUGGGUUUGAACCCAAUUUCUGGGCAUUUUAUAGCUGACCACUACAUGUUCUUAAAGGGGCAAGACACAAACUCAUAUUAUGGGCCUCUCAACCUUUUCAUGUUCAACGGAGGCUAUCACAACGAACAUCAUGACUUCCCCAGUGUUCCUGGAAGUCGUCUUCCACAGGUGAGGAGAAUCGCAGCUGAGUACUACGAUGAGCUCCCACAUCACAGCUCCUGGGUGAAGGCACUGUAUGACUUUGUGAUGGAUGACACAAUGAGCCCCUACUCGAGGAUAAAGAGGCCUCUGAAAGGGAACGAGGUUCUAACAUUAGGAACCACGGAGCAACCAGGCAUGAAGAAGCAACUCAGUGGGCAAGAGAAGCUCAUCCUCACUCUGACUCCUGAGACAACUCAAGGACACAGUGUCCCCAGUG